AUGGAACCGGAAGUGAAGAAGGAAGUUCCUGCCCCUCCCAAAGCCGAAGCCAAAAUGAAGACUUCAAAAGCCAAGCAGGCAGUGCUGAAAGGCCUCCACAGCCACAAAGAAAAGAAAAUCUGCACAUCACCCACCUUCUGGCAACCCAAGACCCUGCGGCUCCAGAGGCAGCUCAGGAAUCCUCGAAAGAGCAUACCCAGGAGGAACCAGCUUGACCACCAUGCCAUCAUCACAUUCCCCCUGACCACUGAGUCAGUCAUGAAGAAGACAGAAGACAACACACUUGUGCUCAUUGUGGAUGUCAAGGCCAACAAGCACCAGAUCAAACAGGCUGGGAAGAAACUCUGUGACAUUGAUGUGGCCAAAGUUGGUGUUGGAGAGGAGAAAGUAUAUGUUCGGCUGGCUCCUGAUUAUGAUGCUCUGGAUGUUGCCAAUAAAAUUGGGAUCAUCCAGCUGGCUAAUUCUAAAUAUAUACCUUUUUCACCAUAA